CAUAUGAGGGCUUUCCGCUGCUUCUGCACUGAGGCCGCAGGCAAUGUGUCGUACCAAUCUCUAACAUCUGUGUUAGAUCACUUUAAACAUCUUUACUAUCAUAGUCCGUUAGUUUACGUACUUUUCCUGCGCCUGAAAAUUGCCAUGGAAGGCUGCUUCCUUGAAUGUCUACAACGUUCGCAUGAUCCUAUACCUCUUCCUGACGGCAUCCCAGUCAAGCUUGGCCGAUCGCCUCUCACCAAGAUUACAGACCCGCGAUGUUCGCGAUCGCAAGUGGAAGUGACAGCAAAUUGGGAAACACAAAACAUACUGGUGAAGCAGCUUGGCACUAAUAUUACAUCUGUGGAUGGAAAGGACUUGCAUCAGGGCGAGACAGUUCAUAUGUCCCCGACGUCAACACUUUUUGUUCUCAAAGGUAUAUAUCCUCAUAGGAUACACUUCAGAAAGUCUUCUCCAGUAGCAGCAGACGACACAACAGACAAAGAUAAAUCUGCCGACAGUAAAACUGUACCAAAUUUAAGUGAGAAACUGAAAAGAGCUCACCCAGAAAAUAAUCACAAAACAGGGGAGCAUACUCCAGCCAAGAAACAAAAGCUUUUGGAUCACAAGCUUGAUAAUGAGGUUAAAAAAGAGAAAGAGACUGAAAAAGUGUCUCUAGGGAAAACAGAGUCACUGACAAGAAUUAAUGGUGCAGAAACCUCUUAUAGCAAAAAAGUCAGUGAACAUUUCACUUCUUUGAAAACUAAGUCUCCUGGACCAGAUGAAGAUGGUGCUCAGCAUAAAGCCAACAGUAAAAGUAAAAGAGAGUCCACAGACAAUAAUGGGCUGCCUGGGAAAACUAAGUCUGUGAAAAGGCUUCAGGCAGACAGCACAGAUGAAGAUUCACAGAUUGAGGAUGUGUCUCGAAAACUCAAAGAAUUAAAGGAAUCUGCAAAAGCCAAAAAGUUAGAAAAAGCCAGAGAUGAAGAGAAGCAAUCAUCCUUAAAUAAAUCAUCUAGUUCUUUAAGUAAGAAGAAAAGUUCAUCAGAGAUGUCAUCGAAAAACAAGCCCAAAAGGGAAGGUAAACCUGCUAAGGAGUCAGAGUGGGUGUGUCAUGAAAAUAAAUUAUACAUAUUCACUUCCAAGGGAGUUAAAGCCAGUGACAAGAUUGCAGGCUUUGAUAUUGAUGGCACCAUAAUCACCACCCAGUCUGGUCGUGUCUUCGCUAAAGAUAUGACAGAUUGGAAAGUGCUGAUGCCUGAAGUAUUUGGUAAACUGAAACACCUUUAUGCUGCAGGAUAUAAGAUAGCUUUCUUCACAAAUCAGCUAGGUGUUGGGAGAGGUAAGCUGCUCAUUGAAGACCUCCAAAACAAGUUUGAGAAGGUGGUAGACAAGCUGCAAGUCCCUAUUCAGAUCUUUGUGUCCACUUCUGGAGGCUUCUAUCGCAAGCCUGCUCCAGGAAUGUGGCAGAUGCUGAAAAAACAGAGGAAUGAUGGCAUUCCAAUCAGCCUUGCAGAGAGUUUCUUUGUGGGAGAUGCUGCUGGGCGACCUGAGAAUUGGGCACCCAAAAAGAAAAAGGAUUUUUCAUGCAGUGAUAGAUUAUUUGCCAUCAAUGCAGGCCUGAAAUUUCACACCCCAGAGGAAUUCUUCUUGGGGCAGAAACCGGCUCCAUUUAAUCUGCCUGAGUUUGACCCUAGAAGUCUCAAUAAAGAUGCACCUUUAGUUCCCUUAGGGGAGGAGCUGAUAAGUCCUGAACAAGAAGUGGUGGUGUUUGUGGGAUUUCAAGCAUCUGGUAAAUCCUUCUUUGCUCGUCACUACCUGAUACCUAAGGGCUACGUGUAUGUCAAUCAGGACACACUAAAGAGCUGGCAAAGGUGUGUCAGUGAGUGCAACAAGGCUUUGGCAAAUGGCAGCAGAGUUGUUAUAGACAACACCAAUGUUGACCCCGAGUCUCGAGCAAGAUAUAUAGACUGUGCCAAGAAAGCAGGGAAGCCUUGCCGUUGUUUCUUUUUUGAUCUUUCCAUCGCCCACUGUCGACAUAAUGAAAGGUUUCGAGAGAUAAUAGACUCUUCGCAUAAGCCAAUCAACGAACAGAUCUUCCAUUCCACCAAGAACAAGUUUAAAGAACCAGAAUUGAGAGAGGGCUUCAGUAAGAUCCUCAGAAUUAACUUUGUACCAAAGUUUGAGAACAAGCUACAUGAGAAGAUUUAUCGACAGUUCCUUCUGGAAAAGUGAUCUCUUCUGUCUGGAAACAUCUAGAAUAGUUGCUACUUAACGAGUACAGCAAGCACCAUCUGGGCUAAAUUUUUUGUCUACAUAAGUGACAGGUUUGGUGCUGGGCUGAGUUAAAUGGCCUUCCCUAUCCCUACUUGUGGUCCACCUCACAAAUUUAUGUUCCUUUUUUUUUUUUGUAUAAAGGUGACAGGUGAACACUCAAACUAACCAAGGUUUCUUGAUAAAACCUGGUUAGAAAGUAAGCAUUUCUUUAGCACAUUUAGAAAUUGGGAUGUUGAUGAUAAACUCAGUUUUCUUUCUGAUUUACAUUUUUUGUCUCAUUCAAAAAGACUUGAAAAUAGGCACAUUGUGGUAUAUGAGGUGUGGUUACAUAACUCAUGUCUGCACACAGUACUGAUGUAAUGCGUUUAAAAGGCCUGCAAUUCAAAGGUUGUGUUAUGGAACGUAUGUUUUAUCUCUCUUGCCAAUGAAAGUGUAAAAGACACGAAGGAAUGUUAAACGCGUUUUCAAUCUCACCAGUUCUUAUUUGUACUUAUGGCUGAGCAACUAUACAAGUUGCUAGAUAAGGUCCGUCCAGGAGGAAUACCAUCCUGGGGCACAAGUAUGUUCUUAAGUAGCAUUUUAAUUAGGUAGGAAAUGGAAGAAGGUGCUUAAAUACUGCCGGCAGGAUGAAAUGCUCUGGCCUUCAUGAAAUGAAUACCAUCUCUUUGUAUUGUUACACAUAGGUUGGUGAGUGGAAAUAGGUUAUUUCAUGACAUGCUAUUCCUUAGAUGAAUGCUAAUAAACUUUGUUUGCAAACUGGAA